AAGAUAGUGUGAGUAUUGGGGCUGUUGCAGGAGUUGGAGUAGCGGUGGGGUCGGAACAGGUCGCCUUCUUGUUCCUGUGGCCUGCAGGUUUGAAACGGAGGGGAGACUGGGGAACUACUGCCUAAGCUGUAUGUGUAUAUGUAACGUACAUUGCUACACAGAGAUUUCGUAGCUCCAGGAUAAUAUAAUUCCAAACAUUUGUCAUGGGUGAUGUGCGUACCCAAUUAACACCGGAAACUCCAGGCCGAGCAGCUAUUUUGAAUCCAUUUGAAAGUCCAAGUGAUUAUUGCAGCUUGCAUGAGCCAUUUGUUUCCAGCCCAUCUAUAUUCAAGCCAACAAAAUCCGCUGUAACUCCCCAGCAAUUUAGAUGGUCAAUUGAUCAGCUUGCCGCAAUAAACCCCGUUGAGAUUGACCCAGAAGAUAUCCAUCGCCAAGCUUUAUUUUUAAGUCGUGCAAAAACUGAUAAGGAAACUGAAGAAAGGAGACAGAAAGCCAUUGAGGAGUUUUUUACAAAGAGAACAAUUGUUCCAUCACCAUGGACUCAACAUGAAGGAAAACAAGCUGCCCCUUUUCAUUCAACAAAAUGUGCCGAUCUUAGUCACGAAUCCCCUAUAGGAAGAGUUCAAGCUGUUCAAAGUGGAAAAAGCUCAGUUGGAUGCCAGACAAACUUGUCAUUACCAGUUAACUUUAAUUUAGAAAAGGUAUUAGGGGAAUAUUUUAGAGCUGAGGAGAAUGAAGACCAAUCUCAAGACAAUUUGAGCUCCUCCUCACUCAGAAGAAAGUUAUUUUUGGAUGGGCAUGCCAGUGGAUCUGAAGGUUCAUCAUCAUCAUCACCUCAUGAAGGGCCAUACUAUGAUCCACCUACCUCCCUAGGUGUCCUUUGCUCAAUUGAUCUGUCUCCUGUUCGGUGCAGAAGUCCAACGCAAACACCAAGUUCGGGACAAUUCUCCUCAAGUCCAAUCCAGGGUGGAAGGCGAGCUUACAGUUUGGGGAGUGCUGCUAGUCCAACCUUCUUAGAAAAAUCGCCAGCCAGUGUUACCUCUCCUUUGUUCUCACCAAUUGCUAUAAAUCUGGGCAAAACUCCAAAUGCAGAACAGAAAAGGUUAAUCUUUCCUUCUCCUGAAACACUUUCUGCUUCAACAUCAAUGGUAAACGCUUGUAGCCGGAGCCCUUACAUUGAAGGAUGCUCUCCAAUAAAAAGUAUUUUCCAUAUCAAAUCAAGGUCAUGUAGAGGAAACGCACAGUAUCGGACAUCACUGUUUCAGAUACCAUUUGCUCUUGAACAUCAGACUGAAGACAAAGAAAACUCUCCCCCAUCAAGCAUGAAGUCCCCCGAAAGUGAUAUUUCAACCCGGUUUCAUGAACUAGAAAAUAUUGUACCCGAUGGCCAUGUAAUGAUGGGAGGGGAACCCAUCGUAUCACCCACAGUUUACAUGCAGCAGGACUAUAUGCAAUCAUCAGAGGAACUCAAAGUCAACGACACUGUAGAAAUGGUGGAACCUGUGGAAACUGAAGACGACCACUCUUGGCCUAAGGAAACCGUGGCCACAGACAAUAUUCCGAUGGCUAGCUUUAUGACUGGCAUGACAUUUAGUGGGGAAAGUUCUCACAUGUGUAUGUCUCCUCUAGCUGAAAGCAGUGUUAUUCCGUGUGAGAACAGCAGCAUUCAGGUGGACAGUGGUUACACUACACAAACCUGUGGAUCUUGCAUUAUGGACGGGAUUGGAACUGAAAGUACCUACAAAGAGAACGAUACCCAUAUUUCUGACAUUCAGAAUAAAUGCCAGCAUUUCAAGGUAAAGGAAAUUUCAUCAAUAGAUUGUAAAAAUCAGCUCUUGGAACCAGAAUCUCCAGAAUUUCAGCAGCCCACACAAAAAGGCCAAAAUAAACUUGCCAGAUAUUCUAUAAACACCGGAAUGUGGAAGCUCACUGGUGAUAGAGCCAUUAACAAAUUAAAUAAAAAUGGGCGAGUCCAAAGCCCACCAAGAACAUUGGAUCCAAAGUCCUUGUCGCAGUAACUACAAAUACCACUUUUUGAAGAGGACUGUGAAUAUCAAAGACAAUGCAAACUAGAGUUUUUUUUUACUGUGAUAGCAGGGUUUGUCAGCAGUGUCAUUAAUAAAUGUAUGUGGUGUGGCGGAUUCUGCAGAUACCUUUGUGUUCAUGUUAGUAGAGAAAUUCCGUUAUGAUUUUAUUGCCUUUUUGCAUACCUCUCCUCCAGGAAACCUGGGGCAGUAUAUACACAAAGGCUUACAGGUACAUAUCCUGCUAAUGGCUAAUACUAUACUUUUAUGUGGAUAACAUGUACAAACAAACUGCCUGUAUGUCCAAAUGAUGGGUUUUAAAAGCCAAGCUGUUAGGUCCUUACACCGAGCUUGCCUUAUAUAGCUCAAAAAUAACAUUUACUGAUUGUUGGUUUAUGGUUAAAAAGAAAACCAAGUUUAAAUCAGAUAUUUGUAUGUAAAGAUUUUUUUUUUUAAGCAAUUUCCUGUGUUAACUGUGUUGUAUUUAUUGAUUGUGACGUGUACACAAUGGUUGUCCCUGUGGUGUCUGUACAAUUAUGGGAUCACAAUAAUCUGGCAGUACUAAGAUGCCCACCAAUGACCUCCCCUAGUCGUUAUGGGGAAGGAAAGGCUGGGCUUCACUGUGAUUGGCUAUACAAGCAGCAAGAGAACUGUAAUACUAAAAACCAUGUUUCAUGUGCCUUUAACCAGCUUUAAAAAUGAUUGUUAAUAGUUAACUAUACAGUCAUUUUUUUUGGGGGGGGGUGUAAAACCUGAACUAUAAAAUGUGAUAUAUUUUAAGGAACCCUGUGUCCAGUUUGAAUUGAGAAAAAAAUUAAACAUGAAAAUUUCCGUGUUAUUUCAUGUAGGCUGCAGAGGCCACAUAGCAUUUUAUCUACUGAUCUGGUUUACAUUUCUAAAUCAUAUUCUGCUGCUUAGAUUGGUAUGUGGGUUUGUGUGUUUCUGAUAAAAAAAAAAGACAACGAGAAGUUCUUAAAACUAUGGAAGAUGGAAGUUGAAAACUUACUUGACAACUAAAUGAUGAAUCUUUCAUUGGCACCUAAAGAGUACACUGUUUAUUUUUAAUGAACAUUGAGAAAAAAACAAAGCUCUGAAAAUACAAAUAAAUGUUACUUUUUAUAAUA